AUGAGCACCAUGGAACACAGCAGCACUCUGCCACCUCAUCACCAUCCCUCGCACACCUCGGGACCCCACUCCCACGAUGGCAGCACACACACGUCCAUGACGAUGCCCAUGACCUUCUACUUCGGCUACCAGAACGUGGAGCUGCUGUUUGCUGGGCUGGUGAUCAACUCGGCUGGAGCCAUGGCUGGGGCUUUCCUGGCCGUGUUUCUGCUCGCGGUGGGCUACGAAGGCCUCAAGAGAGCCCGCGAGGAGCUUCUGCACAAGACCCAGCAGUGCACGCCUGUCCCUGGACCCACAGGAACCUGCCCCCCAGAGAAGCCCCAGAGUGCCUGCCAGCGACUGCUGAGGUGCGACCUCCUGGUGCAGACGGCCCUGCACGUGCUCCAAGUGCUCCUGAGCUACCUGCUGAUGCUCACGGCCAUGACCUACAACGCCUACCUGGGCCUGGCGGUGGUGGCAGGCGCAGGCACCGGCUACUGGCUCUUUGGGGGCAAGAAGGCGCAGGACGUGCCUACUCCGGACCUUGACUGGGACGAGGUGCAGCUCCAGGGAAUGCCCUGUAAAAACUUCCCCUGGAAGCCUUCUCUGGAGUUGACUGGGGCUACUGCUGAACUGAGGGACUAG